CACAGAGGAGGAGAAAACGGGAGCAGAGGAAAAGAAAAAAGCUUCAGACACACUCAGCUCUCUAAUUGUGGGCGUGUCCAGAGCUAUAAGUGCCUUCGUUCUUACCUGUGUUACUUAUAUCCCUGCAUGAGGCUCAGAACAAGCACUCUCUCACAGACACCUGUCAGACGACACACCCCUGCACUUGAGAACUCUCAGCUCUGCAUCUCCAGAUGUCGCUGUGCAUGACCUCACAUCUCUGCCUGCUGGCCCUACCAGUGAUCUCACUCCUGCUGCUCUCCUCUUCUAUUGGUUGGAGCUCCGAUGUCCUCACCCCAGGCUGUCACCUUUACC